UUUGUUCUUCGCCUGAGGAAGCAGCAGGAGCUCUAACGACGCAGGUGCCGAGGGGCCCUGGUGUAACCUGAGAAGGCGGGCGUGGCCGGCUGAGAGGGGUUUACCUGCGGAACCUGUCGAGCCGCUCGAGAGAAAAGGAGGAGAAAGGGUGCAGCGGAGUCACGGAAGCUUGAGAAAAAAGCAGCGUUCGUGGCGUGCCUCGUUACUUUUGCCCACCUGCCCGUCUACCUGCUUCCUCCUCUCACCAGCGAUGGCUCUGCCCCGUGGGGCUUUCUUGUUGCUGGCGCUCGUCGCUGCUGUGAGCUGCCAAGGAGAUCCAUGUGUAUGUGAGAAGAACAAACGGACAGUAGACUGCAAUCAAGUUGACAAUAUAUGCAAAUGUAAAUCUUAUGGUUCCAAUAUUACAGUGGACUGCACAACAUUGACAUCAAAAUGCUUGCUGAUGAAAGCAGAAGUGGUUGGUUCAAAGACUGGUAGAAGUAAAAAACCAGAAAAUGCAUACGUAGAUAAUGAUGGCAUUUAUGACCCAGAAUGUGAUAACAAGGGUAACUUCAAAGCUAAGCAGUGCAAUGGGACAAGCACUUGCUGGUGUGUCAACUCUGCUGGAGUAAGAAGAACUGAGAAGAGUGAUAAAAACAUUACAUGCAAUGAAGUAGUAAGGACAAGCUGGAUCAUGAUUGAAACAAAACACACUGAGAAUACUGCUUUGGGCACAGAACCUGUUGUGCGGGCUAUCAAAGAUGCAAUCUCUGAACGUUACCACCUGAAUUCAAAGCACAUACAUGUUAUGUAUGAAAAGCCUUCAAUUGUGAUUGAACUGAAACAAAACAUUUCAGAGAAAUCUCCUACAGAUGUGGACAUAGCUGAUGUGGCAUACUACUUUGAAAAAGAUGCCAAAGAGGAUCCCCUGACCACAGAAAAACUUGGUGUUAUGGUUGCAGGACAACCUCUUCAGUUUAAAGAUACUAUAAUCUACUAUGUUGAUGAGAAGGCGCCAGAGUUCAAAAUGAAACGUUUGACGGCUGGUGUUAUUGCUGUAAUCGUGGUUGUAAUAUUGGCAGUAGUUGCUGGUAUUCUUGUACUGGUCUUCACUAGAAGAAAGAGGGGGAAAUAUGAAAAAGCUGAGGUAAAGGAAAUGAAUGAAAUGCACAGAGAACUAAACUCGUAACUGCUGUAACAUGAAACACAAGGAAGAAUGUGGUAAAAGCGUAAAGACGGAAGAUUAAUCGUAUGGACUUUGCAUUUUUAUACAUCCCUAUAGUUGAGUAAGAUUACUUCAGAUAUUGAAACUAGACUGACUUGUGUUGCAUUUUUGGGGCUGCCAAAGAUUUGAGAACUAGUUUGGCCAGAUGAAUGUCAUGCCUCUAUCACUGUUACUGAUGUAACAUUAGUGAUGCCUUAUUGUUGGAUGUGUGCUAAAUGAGACCAUAUUAUGUAAAAGUUUUUGCAAGUGUCCAGUAAGUUACUAGAUGUCUAGGCUGCUAGACAUUUCUCUGGCAUAUAAUGGAAUGUGCUGUGUAUUUUUUUUAAUGUUUGUAAAUAUUUUUCUUCAA